AUGAGUAAAUAUUCGAGAGUUUCUAAUUCAGAAGAUGUUCAAGAAGUUGAACUUCAAGUACCUUCUUAUGAGGAAGCAACAAGUAUUGUUAAUAAUAACGGUAGUUUAGGAGAGUCUUCAACAUCGCCACGUUCAACAAGUCCUGCACCACCUAUAAAGAGAAAACCCAACAACAACAACAAUAGUGGUGGUGGUGGUGCACCACAUUCCACUGAUGGUGUAUUUUCAAAUUUAUCAGCUAAGCCUGAAACAGAAGCUGAAAAAGAAGAAGAAAAUCCACCUCCAUAUGAAGCAGCAGCAGCUGAUGCAACACCACCUUAUUGGGAAACAACCAUUAUUGCACCAGGAUUAAUGGGAGAUGAAGUUCUUGUUGAAGGAUUACCAGUAGGAAAUUUUUUUAUAUCAAUGAGUUUUCAAUUUGUUGGAUUUCUGUUAACUUAUCUUUUACAUACAAGCCAUGCAGCCAAAGCUGGUUUAGGUAUUACAUUGGUGCAGUAUGGUUUCUACCUUCGUGGUAAAUCAUUACAAGAUGCUGAAUAUUAUAAUUAUAGUGAUGAUGAUAGUGAUAAAGAUGGAUGGUUUAUUGUAAUCAGAAGUGUUACAAAUUAUGUUAGAGUUAAAAGAGUGGAAACAAUUAUGAGAACCACACCAGAAGAAAAUGUGUAA